AUGACGGUUGAUCUCAGCAUCGAGCAAGUGACCCAGAAUGUCGAACCUCCCCAGGUUCCUCCCCAUCGGUCCCACGAUCCCUCGAACAACAUGAAACGGACCGACCCCUUCCAAUUCGGCUCGCGAUACCUCGAAAAAGGAGACGAUGUAUUUGAGUUCAACGCCUGGGACCACGUCGAGCCGGAUGACGAGUUCAAGGCCUUUGCCGAGACCCAGUAUGCGAAACAGCGUGAAACCCGAGUAUCGGACUUCGACCGGAACCGAUUCAACAGCGAUCCCGCCAAAUGGUGGGACCUAUUCUAUAAAAAUAACACCUCCAACUUCUUCAAGGACCGCAAAUGGCUGCGCCAAGAAUUCCCUAUUCUGGCCGAAGUGACUCAGAAAGAGGCCGGUCCCCAGGUUGUUUUGGAAGUUGGCGCCGGAGCCGGCAACACUGCGUUCCCAUUGCUAGCCAACAACGAGAACGAGCACCUGAAAGUCCAUGCCUGCGAUUUCUCCAAGUACGCGGUGAAGGUCAUGCGAGAGAGCGAACACUAUAAUGAGAAAUACAUGUCUGCCGAUGUCUGGGAUGCAGCCGCUGUGCCCGGUGAAAACGGCGACUCUCUCCCGCCAGGUCUCACGGAAGGUUCAGUCGACGUUGUGAUCAUGAUCUUCAUCUUCUCUGCUCUGGCGCCCAACCAAUGGGACCAUGCAAUUCGCAACGUCUAUCGUCUCUUAAAGCCCGGUGGUCGUGUGCUAUUCCGCGAUUACGGCCGCGGCGAUCUUGCCCAGGUGCGGUUCAAGAAGGGCCGGUAUAUGGCUGAGAAUUUCUAUAUUCGAGGCGAUGGCACGCGCGUUUAUUUCUUCGAAAAGGACCAGCUUGUUGACAUGUGGGGCACCUGGAGCGCAGAGAAUGGCUUGCAGAUUCCCAUUGGUGAUGAGCAUGCUUCUGGAGAGAAGUCCGAGCACAAUGAAGAUCAAGCCCAGUCGGAGGAGCAAUCUACAGAGGCCAAACAGUUGGCAAGGGAUGCCGGAGCAUUCGAGGUCCUUAACAUGGGAGCCGACCGGCGGUUGAUUGUCAACCGCGGGACAAAGCAAAAGAUGUACCGUUGCUGGAUGCAGGGCAACUUCCGGAAGCGUGGUGGAGCUGUCGCCGAGGGAACGCAAUGA